AUGGCAGAGAAGGAAGGAGGAGGUAUAGUGAAGAAGGGUCAUGACGAGGGCCUAAAACUGGCCAUCUCUCUCCUCGAAGAAUUCGGACUCCCUUUGGGACUUCUCCCUCUAGCCAAUGUUGUCGAAGUAGGGUUUGUAAGGAGCACUGGCUACAUGUGGAUCGUCCAACGGAAGAAAGUCGAGCACGAGUUCCAGAAGAUCAGCAAGCUCGUGAGUUAUAGCACCGAGAUCAAUGGCUACAUCGAGAAGAUAAAGAUCAAGAAGCUCAAGGGUGUGAAGGCUAAAGAGCUCAUGUUGUGGCCUCCAGUCAGUGAAAUCAGUCUCGACGAUCCCUCCACCGGGAAGAUUCACUUCAAGAGCCUCGCCGGAAUCACCAAGACCUUCCCGGCAGAGGCUUUUGCCGCCGGCCAGUAA